CGGAAAAAGUGUCACAUGUGUUAAUCAAACCUCUGUUGUCCUGUGAGCUCAACAGACUGCUAUCGUUAGGUAACUGAUGAAAAAACGUUAAAAAAUAUUCGAGGAUCGUUAAUUGAGAUCACUUGCUUAUAAAUUAUCGACUAGCUCGGUUCUUUUAAUGCCUGUGUGACGUUUUAGCAUGAAUACGGUCCAUGGGAGGCUCAGGGUCUUCUCAUUGCUGGUUUUAAAGGGCAGAGCUCUCUCAUCUGGUCCUGCGACAGUCGCACGCUGUGAUUCUGGUUUCCAUAGGACUGUUUUCCAGACAAUGGCGACCAGUAGUGGUCAUUCCUCGGACACGAGGCUGCCGCUGGGUUCCAAGAAAGCCAAGCAGAAGGAGCCGCUGCGCCGAGUGAAAACCAAGGAGAUUCGGAACAAGAAGGGAGACCUUCAGGGACCCUCCACCGUGUACAUGCAGGUGGUCGGUGCUGGAAGCAGAGAUAGUCCUGCGUCACUUUAUGUCUUCUCCGAGUUCAACAGGUACCUGUUCAACUGUGGAGAAGGAACUCAGAGACUCAUGCAGGAACACAAGUUGAAAGCUGCUCGUCUGGACAACAUCUUCCUGACUAGUCUGAGCUGGGAGAACGUGGGAGGUUUAUCAGGGAUGAUAUUAACCUUAAAGGACACGGGCGUGCCUGAAUGUGUUCUCUCCGGACCCCCACAGUUGGAAAACUAUCUGAAUGCCAUCAAGUCCUUUUCUGGACCUCUGGAAGACAUUAAGUUGUCGGUUCGACCGUACACUGAAGAAACGUACAAAGAUGAAACUAUGACGGUGUUUCAGGUUCCAAUAUUUGCCAACUCAAGGGGCAACGGAGAGAAAAGCCCCCCCAGAUCCAGCAGCAGCAGCUCCUCUCAGGGUUCUCCAAAGAUUGAUAACUUCCCCAUUAACAGCAGUGGAGAAAGUCCAGGUGAAAGACGAACAGUAACCAGAGAGACGUCUCUGGUGGUCGCCUUUGUCUGUAAGCUUCACCCCAAGAAAGGCAACUUCCUGGUGGCUCAAGCUCACCAGCUGGGACUUCCUGUAGGCACAGCAGCUAUUGGUCCUCUCAUUGCAGCUCUAAAAGAUGGGAAAAGCAUCAUGCAUGAAGGCAAAGAGAUUCGACCCGAGCAGGUUUGCACUCCCACUGACCCGGGACCGGUUUUCAUCAUCGUAGAGUGUCCGUCUGAAGAGUUUGUUGAAGCCAUUGUAGCGAAUUCGCAGCUCAGAAGAUACCAGAUGGGAGGGACCGAAGACUCUGCUGUGCUGGUGGUUCACAUGACCCCGGAGUCUGUUCUGGAAACGGAUCAGUACAAGCAGUGGAUGGAGAGGUUUCCGUCGACAACCGAACACCUGAUCCUUAACGAACUGGCGCAUACAGUUCACAACGUCAGGAGUCACAAGAUUCAGACCCAGCUCAACAUGAUCCACCCGGAGAUUUUUCCAGAAUUGAAAGCUUUCAGAACAAAGGAGCGUCAGGCUGCCUUACACGUACCGAACAUCAGGGCUGAGUGUCUGCUCAAGUUCCAGCUCAGGCCCGUAAUGGAGUGGCAAAGAGAUGCCAUCUUGUCCUGCGACUCUGAGGACUUUGUGAAAGAAGCUUCUGAGGUCCCAAACUUUCUGGAAGAGGUGGAAAAAUGCAGAAAAAUCCUCUCCACCGAGAGUGCACAGCUUUCUGGACCAGGAAGUAUAUACCCGGAGGUGGUUUUCCUGGGAACAGGAUCUGCCCUUCCUAUGAAGAUCCGAAAUGUUAGCGGCACUCUGGUCAACAUCAGUUCGAGUCAGUCUUUGCUGUUGGACUGCGGGGAGGGAACCUUCGGUCAGCUCUGCAGACACUAUGGGAAUGAUGUGGAUGAAGCUCUGUCCAAGAUCUCCACCAUCUUCAUUUCACACCUGCAUGCUGACCAUCACACAGGGCUGUUAAAGCUGCUGUACCAGAGGGAACGGGCACUGACAAGUUUAGGAAAGGCUUUUAGCCCCAUCUACCUGGUUGCUCCGGUUCAGAUAAUGACGUGGCUCAUCCAGUAUCACAACCAUUGCGAGGAGAUUCUCCGUCAUUUUAACCUCAUACCGAACAGAUCUCUGUGUGACGAUGCUGAGACGCCCAAACCCAAGACCAAGUCCUUCAUCCAAGCACUGCUGAAAAAGAACAACCUUGAAAAGCUUCGGACGUGCACGGUCCGCCACUGCAAGAAUGCCUUCGCAUGCAGCUUCACACACCAGUCUGGCUGGAAACUGGCCUUCUCUGGGGACACCAUGCCCUGCGAUGCAUUUGUAAACAUUGGAAAGAAUGCAACCUUACUAAUCCACGAGGCUACACUGGAAGAUGAGCUGGAAGAGGAAGCUGUAGAGAAAAGACACAGCACAACUUCACAGGCCAUCGGCAUCGGGAUGAAGAUGAAUGCUGACUUCAUCAUGUUGAACCACUUCAGCCAACGUUACGCCAAGAUUCCUCUCUUCAGCGAAGACUUCAACGACAGAGUGGGAAUAUCAUUCGACCACAUGAGAGUUCGCUUUGGAGACUUUAAAAUUCUCCCCAAACUCAUCCCGGCUCUGAAGGCCCUCUUUGCCGAGGAGCUCGGUGAGAUGGAAGAGAGGCGGGAACGAAGAGAGAUGAGAAAUCCGAAAGGAAGUGUCUGUGAGCAGAAGAUGUCCGAGGUGGGACGAGGGUCCAAGAGAGACCAGGCAGCGAUGCACAAUGUGGAUACGAAGAGGCUGAAAUUCAGCUGAUUCAUCAGAAUUUAUUAAAAUAGUGCACAGAAAUGGACUUUAUGAGUGUACCCUCAGUUAUUUUAUUUAAAUGAAGCUGCUAAUUUUAUUUGGCUUGAAAAGAAGUUUUUCUUGAAAGAAGUGUGAAACUAUGAAUAGAAUUUGUUUUUCAUGAAAUGACUUAAAUCAGUAUCACACUGUGUUGUUUCAUACAGUUUAAUUUGAGGACAGAUGACAUGUGGUUUUUGUCGACAAAAUAAAUUUAAUAUUAGGCUUUGAA